UUCACGAAUCGGACAAUGUUAAACUAUCAGAGGUGGUGAUGGUGCAUAGAGCGUAGAUACUAACGUACGGAUACAAAUCUUGACAAUAUUGAGUGAAUGGGGUCCCGUUGAAUUCCUGUUCAUCGUUGUAUUAAGGACGUUCUAAAAUAAGGAGGGCAAUCAUGACACCAAAACAAACAAGAGUGAUGGUCCUCAAUGACAUGGAGAAACUAGACAGGACCCUGUUCCGUCUGGACCAAGGGUUUGAACUCCAGUUUCGCCUGGGUCCCACUCUUCAGGGGAAACACGUGCAGGUUUACACCAACUACCCUGCAGAAGGGGAGCGCUUUGAGCGCCACAAGUUCCAAGCUUUAGACUGGAUUAACCCUACUGGAAGACAGGAUGAUUCGGACAAGUUCUGCAACCUUGACCUCCAGAUUUCAGGCUCAUACCAGUAUUAUUUUGGCCAUGGAGAUAAGGAGAGGUCUGGUGGUGGAUAUAUUGUGGUUGACCCAGUGCUCCGGGUAGGGGUGGACAACCACAUCUUGCCCCUAGACUGCAUCAGUAUCCAGACAUACCUGUCCAAAUGCCUCGGCCCCCUGGAUGAGUGGCUGGACAGGCUUAGAGUUGCCAAAGAGGCAGGGUAUAAUAUGAUUCACUUCACACCACUGCAGACGCUGGGUGAGUCUCGCUCCUGUUACUCCCUGGCCGAUCAGCUGGAGCUUAACCCAGACUUCUCCCCUCAUGGACAAGCUUACACCUGGACAGAUGUUGGCAACCUGGUGGAGAAAAUGAAGAAUGAGUGGAAUAUGCUUUGCAUCACGGAUGUGGUUUACAAUCAUACGGCUGCUAACAGCAAAUGGAUUGAGAAACAUCCUGAGUGUGGUUAUAACCUGGUGAACUCUCCUCAUCUGAAGCCGGCCUGGGUGCUGGACAGGGCCCUGUGGCACGUCACCUGUGCUUUAGCUGAUGGCAAAUACGAAGACAGGGGUCUCCCUGCCCUAAUCCAGGAUCACCCGCACCUCCAUGCCAUUCGUGGAGUUCUCUGGCAGGAUGUGUUUCCCAAAAUUAAACUGUGGGAGUUCUUCCAAGUCAAAGUGGAACCGGCGGUGGAGCAGUUCAGAGCUUUACUACAAAGCGGAGCCAAACCUGAUAGGAUCAAGACUGAUGACAAACAACAACUGAAGAUCAUUCAGGACCCUCAGUACAGGCGCUUUGGUAACACAGUGGACAUGAACUCCGCUUUAGAAACCUUUGUGCCCCAUGGGAGCAGUCCUGGUGCCAUUGAAGAUUGCUGUAACUGGCUGAGGAGGAGACUAGAGGAAAUCAAUGGUGAACAGUUUCAUGAAAUGAAGCACCAUCAGGAGCAGGCUACCAACUGCAUUGAUGGAACCGUGAGCUAUGAAAGACUGGCUGACCAUGGACCCAAGUUGGGCCCCGUCACCAGGAAGCAUCCUCUGGUUACCAGAUAUUUCACUUUCCCAUUCGAGGAGGCAACUUUGGAGGAAGAUCUGGAACUGAUUAAUCAACCAGAAAAGUCAUGUCACUUCCUGGCCCACAAUGGCUGGGUCAUGGGGGACGAUCCUCUGAGGAACUUCGCAGAGCCAGGGUCCAAUGUCUACAUCAGGAGGGAGCUGAUCUGCUGGGGUGACAGUGUUAAACUGCGGUAUGGCAACGGGCCCGAGGACUGCCCCUACCUGUGGGCCCACAUGCAGAAAUACACCGAGAUCACGGCCAAGCACUUUGUGGGAGUGCGUCUGGAUAACUGCCAUUCAACUCCACUGCAUGUGGCUGAGGCCAUGCUGGCGGUGGCCAGAGCAGUCAGACCCAAUCUCUAUGUGAUAGCCGAGCUCUUUACAGGCAGCGAGCUGAUUGACAAUGUGUUUGUAAACCGGCUCGGAAUAACCAGUCUCAUCAGAGAGGCGAUGAGCGCAGGAGACAGUCAUGAGGAGGGCAGGCUGGUGUACCGGUACGGAGGGGAACCGGUAGGGGCUUUUCUUCAGCCCAGUCUCAGGCCUCUGGUGCCCAGCAUUGCCCACGCCAUGUUCCUAGAUGUCACACACGAUAAUGAGUGCCCUAUUCAGGUCCGCUCUGUAUAUGAUUCACUGCCCAGCUCUGCUGUUGUUUCUAUAGCCUGCUGUGCCACUGGUAGCACCAGAGGCUAUGAUGAGUUAGUACCCCACCAGAUCUCAGUGGUUUCAGAGGAGCGCUUUUAUAGCAAAUGGAAUCCUCAGGCUAAGCCAUCAUCCCCUGAUGAGGUCAACCUGCAGUCAGGAAUCAUCGCCGGAAAGCUGGCCCUCAAUCGGCUACACCAGGAUCUGGCUGCAAAAGGCUUUAACCAGGUAAAUGCAGCCCUAGGGGUCCACAUGUUUAUGCCACAUAAGGGGCUUUUGCACUGGAGGAAUGUUUUCAUAGUUCCUACA